AUGAGCAGAAGAGGAGGAGGAGGAGAGAGAGGAAGAAAGCUGAGGAUGCAGCUUUGGACCACAACACUCCAUCUCCGGACUGACAACAGCAGGAAGUAGCGUUUCACCACAGAGACAGCCGAGGACAUGAACGCGCUAAAGCUUUGAUUCCUCCUCCCAGUCCGUGCCACUAUCCUCCUCCUCCUCCUCCCAUCAGCAGCAGGACACUGUAUUCUGAGGAAGAUAAAGUGAGACGAGGCAGGCACGAUGCACGGAUCUCCCCGACAUGGGACAGCCCUGGGAUUUAUAGUACUGAACGCGCUGCUGCUCGUCGCCACGCAGCUCGCGCAAGGAGUCCCGAGCGAGCACCUCCUGGUCCAGCUGCACGAGGACGUCCAGGACCAAGCGCACCAACUUGCAACACAAUAUGGGUUCCAGAGUGCACGGAAGCUUCCUUUCGGAGAGGGGCUUUUCCACUUCUAUCCUCAGGAUACUUCAAAGAGCCGGAGCAAACGCAGCACCCGGAGCAGACAGCGCCUGCAGAAGGACCCCAGGGUGAUGAAUGUGGUGGAGCAGGACGGAUUUAGUCGGCAGAAGCGAGGGUAUAGAAAUCUGAAUGAUAUUGAAGUGAACCUGAGCGACCCGCUAUUUUCCAAACAGUGGUAUCUGAUAAACACAGGCCAAGCAGAUGGGACCCCCGGGCUGGAUCUUAACGUGGCAGAAGCCUGGCAACUGGGCUACACGGGCAAAGGAGUGACCAUCGCCAUAAUGGAUGAUGGAAUCGACUACCUCCACCCGGACCUGGCGUCGAAUUACAACGCCGAUGCCAGCUAUGACUUCAGCAGCAAUGACCCAUACCCAUUCCCUCGCUACACGGACGACUGGUUCAACAGUCACGGAACACGGUGCGCAGGAGAGGUGUCAGCUGCUGCCAACAACAACAUCUGUGGAGUGGGAGUCGCAUACAACUCCAUGGUAGCAGGCAUCCGAAUGCUGGACCAGCCCUUCAUGACUGACAUCAUUGAGGCUUCAUCCAUCAGCCACAUGCCGCAGGUUAUUGACAUCUACAGUGCCAGCUGGGGCCCCACGGACGACGGCAAGACUGUGGACGGGCCCCGAGAGCUCACGCUGCAGGCUAUGGCCGACGGAGUCAACAAGGGCCGUGGAGGUAAAGGCAGCAUCUACGUGUGGGCUUCGGGUGACGGGGGUAGCUAUGACGACUGCAACUGCGACGGGUACGCCUCGAGCAUGUGGACCAUCUCCAUCAACUCGGCCAUCAACGACGGUCGCACGGCUCUGUACGACGAGAGCUGCUCCUCCACUCUGGCCUCCACCUUCAGCAACGGGAGGAAGAGGAACCCAGAGGCAGGCGUGGCCACCACAGACCUGUAUGGGAACUGCACACUGCGCCAUUCUGGGACAUCAGCCGCAGCUCCAGAGGCAGCAGGAGUCUUCGCUUUGGCUCUGGAAGCCAACCCAGACCUGACCUGGAGAGACAUGCAGCAUCUGUCCGUGCUGACCUCCAAAAGGAACCAGCUCCAUGACGAGGUGCACCAGUGGAGGAGGAAUGGCGUGGGGCUGGAGUUUAACCAUCUGUUUGGUUAUGGGGUGCUGGACACGGGGGGCAUGGUCAAGAUGGCCAAGGAGUGGAAGACUGUCCCUGAGCGCUUCCACUGUGUAGCAGGCACCAUUCAAGAAAACCAUAAAAUUCAGUCUGGGAGCAAGCUGAUGUUAGCCAUCGACACUGAGGCAUGCCAGGGCAAGGACAACUUUGUGCGCUACCUGGAGCACGUACAGGCCGUCAUCACUGUCAACGCCAGUCGCCGCGGGGACCUCAACAUCAACAUGACCUCCCCCAUGGGCACCAAGUCCAUCCUCCUGAGCCGAAGACCCCGGGACGACGACUCCAAGGUGGGCUUCGACAAGUGGCCCUUCAUGACCACCCACACCUGGGGAGAGGACCCGCGGGGGACCUGGGUGCUGGAGGUGGGCUUCCGCGGAGAUGAGCCCCAGCGAGGAGUGCUCAAGGAGUGGACUCUGAUGCUGCAUGGAACACAAAGUGCCCCUUACAUAGACCAGAAAGUGCGCGAUUAUCAGUCCAAACUGGCCAUGUCCAAAAAGGAGGAGCUGGAGGAGGAGCUGGAUGAAGCGGUAGAGAGAAGUCUGAAAAGUUUGAUGAGUAAAAACAACUAGACUCCUGCAUGUGGCCCAGCUGUCUUCUAUAGUUAAUCCCUAUUUGCAGUCAGAGGUGGGUAGAGCAGCACAAUAAGAUACACAAGUAAGAGUAAUGUUACUUCAAAAUAAUAUUACUCAAGUAGAAGUACAAAGUAGAGACCCAAGAAAUGACUCAAGUAAGAGUAAAAAGAUAGAGCAAAAACUACUGCUUAAGUAAGAGUAACUUAAAGAGUGACUAUUGGGACGUAACAUCUGAUUUAUUAUGUAUUUGGAAGGACAAAACAUUAAAUGAUGCAAAAAAUCUGGUAUUUUAGAAGGACAGACACAAAAAAUGAAAUCAUGUCUGAAGGAGUGAUGCAAGAAACACAAAUUAUUAAAUUAUUUGAUAUGGUCAACAUAAAGCUUUUGUCACUAAUCUUUCUCGCAGUGGGAAGAGUAAUCACAAUUUUUUAUUUAAGUAAGAGUACCGUUACUUCAAUAAUAGGCUAGGAGUAAAAGGUAGGAGUAAAAGUAUGCUGCUGGAAAAGUAAUAGGAAAAGUACAAUUUCUUUAAAAAGUUACUCACAUAAAUGUAACUGAGUACUACCCACCUCUGUUUGCGAUCACGCGCUGUUCUUGUCUCCAGUCCAUCUUCUCAGUUCUGCUCACUAUGGCGGCUUCCUCUACCUCUUUCUGCCUUUCGUUCUCGUGUUUUAAUCCCCACAGCCUUCGAUGAAUGUUUCUUGUAAUCUGACCAUAAUAAAAAUGUGAUAAUCUUAUAUAGAAGUAACACCACCUGGAUUAUUCUGUUUUUUACACUACAGAAUUGUACAUAGGCCAGCUCUCUCCACACAUGCUGUUGCUUUGAACUGCCCUGCACUUCUCUUCUGCCAGCUGUUGUACAGUUUGUGACUGUAAAUGAUUUUCAGUGUCAUUCCACUUAAAAGUUUCAAACCUGACAAACGGAGCAGUGGUCCUUCUUUGGGUUUCUAUUUUUGUGAGACGCACUGUUUCUAAAUGUAAACAAGGAAAAUAAUGUCCCAUUUAUUUUGCAGCCUGUGGUCCUUAGUUUAUAUUUCAUAAUCUUUGAUGUAAACUAUAAUAAAUCUCUUCAGCUGUUUAUU